GGAGACACACACACAGCACAGGUGGAUCGAGAGGAGGAAGAGGAGAAAGCAAGAGUGGGCCGCUGGAAGAACCGUAGCAGGACUCCGAUUACAGCGACAGGUCUCCCGAGAUGGCGAAGAAAACCGAAUCUGUCUCUAAGAUUAACAAGAAGGACAUAAGUGAACUCUCUGAGGUGAUCCAUCGCAUGCAGAGUAAUGCAAACCAAGUGGAGCAGAACAUCCUGCGAGCCGAGGCGCUGCUGGCGGAGGACCAAGAGCUGCAGAAGAAGAGCAAGAAGAUGAUUCACCAGCAGGAGAACUCGGUGAACCUGAGGCAGGCCGAGCUGCUCUUCAAGGACCUCUUUGUGGACGCGGACAGAGCCAAGAAGCUGAAGCACCCGCAGGCCUCUGAGAUAGACAAUGAUGUGAAAAACCUGCACGAACGCUGGGCUAAGGGCUGCACCAUCUUCCGGGACCUGUACAAACAGCUGCAAAACCUGGAGCUGAAGCAGAAGAUUGACUGGGGCCCUGUUCUUCAAGAAAAACUGGAACGCAUACAGGGAGAGGAGUACGGCCCCAACCUGUACGACGUAGAGAAGCAGAUCGCGGAGCACAACAUCCUGCACCGAGAGAUUGAAGCCUACGGCAGCCAGCUGCAACCCAGCUCCGCUGUUUCCCCGGAGGAUUACAAGUCCUUCAAAGAGAAAUACGACCAAGUUUUGGAGAGCUCCAAGCUCAGGCACAAACACCUGGCAUCUCUGUACGAGUACAUGCAGAGCUGCACCAAGGAGCUGGUCUACCUCUCCGGUCAGCAGGAAAGGAUCAUCAACAGAGACUGGAGCGACCGCAUGGUCGACUCGUCAGGAGUCCGCACCGAGUACGAGAAAUUCAAACUGAACGGACUUCUGGCGCAUGAGGAGGAGGUCAACAAGCUCCAGGUGGAAGGAUCCAAACUCACUGACAUGGACCACCCUGGCACCCAGACAAUAAAUACCACGAUGGACAGAGUACAUCUGGAGUGGCAGUCCUUCCUCAACCUGUGCAUAGCGCAGGAAAUUCACCUGGAGAAUGUCGACAACUACAAGAAGUUCCAGCUGGACGCAGACAUGCUGGCCGAGUCUCUGCAGAAGCUCAACUCCACCUUGGAUCCAAAGUCCCUGAAUAACAAGAGCAACCCGGAGAUCCUGCUGGCGCUGGAGGGAGAAGAACCGUCGGUGAAAAGGAACGAGCAGCGGGUGGAAGACCUCAGGGAGCUCAGCGGCAGGGUUGCCCCUCUGAAGCUGCGCCGGACCAAGCCCACCAAGCCCACCACCGUGGUGUCACUUUGCGACUGGGCGGACGAAAACGGGGCGGUGGAGCGCGGGCAGGCCAUGAUACUGAAGUCCAACUCGGACAAUAAGUACUGGGAGCUUCAGGACAGCCAGGGGAAGACCACCAGCCUCCCUGGAGCCUGUUUUGAAAUCCCACCACCCGAUCUAGAGGCCCUGGAGACUUUGAAAAGCCUCGACCGUAAGCUGGCAGACCUGAAGAGACGCAGGGCCGCGCUGAUGGACUCCCUGAAAACCCCCACGGUGGAGGUGAUGCGUCCCAAACAGGCCGCUGUUGUUAACAGCGAGCCUGAGGAUCCGAGAGUCGCAGAGCUGAACACUGACAUAGAUAAGAUCAACAAAGCUCUGGCAAGGAACGAAAAAGAAAUCCUGAACAGACUGAGGACCCCGCUGGACAUCCGGGCCCCCAUGCAGGACUUGGAGAAAAGGCAGCAGGAGAACGAGAAAUCUGCUCUAGCAGUCAGAAAGCUGGAGUCAGACAAGUCUGCCGUCCAGAGGGAGGUGGAUCCUAUUCUGGCAAAGAAAGCUCUGGGACCGACGGCUGCCAUGCUGCCGCUCAAACUCAGCGCAGCCGACAACAAGAUCCACAACGUCAACACGCUUGUUGAUCUCUAUAACAAAAAAGCAACCGCCUCCAUGUUCCUGGAGAAGCAGCUGGAAAAGACAGAGGUCACCGUUUCCUGGUUUGAGCAGCAGCUAGCUAAAGACGGAGUCAUCCUCAAUCAGCCGGACGUCCUUCAGAACCGCACCAAGAAGCUGGAGAGCACGUCCAAGGACGUUGUCUCGAAAAAAGAAGAGCUGAACAAGCUGGGCAAAGACCUGGACCUGACCAAGCAGGCAUGCAGCCCCCUGCAGCAAAGGUUCGGCGAGUACUGCCCCGAUAUCCGCCGCCAGGAGAGUCAGGUGCAGCUCCUGAAGAACCGCUACGCAAACAUCAAGAAUCAGCUCCAGGAGAGGGUGGCUCUUCUUAAAAAAGCAUCCAACAAAAAUCAGGAGUUUAAUAACGUUGCUCAGUCGCUGGACUUUUUUCUGCUCAACUUGCCCGACAACACGGUGAAACCUACUGAUGGUGUGGAAGAGAUACUGACGAAGGAGAAUUCCCAAAAGAAAGUUGUGGAGGACAUUGAGAAGAAGUCCGGGGAUUUACACCAACUCAGGGACCUGUCCAAAGAUCUGCAGGGCAUGUUAAAUGAAUAUGAGAUAAAGUCAAAAACGUAUCAUGGAACUCUAAAUGGCAAUGAUGAGGUCGACAAUGAGGUCUAUGAGAACAGCAAAGAGAACACGUACGAGGCAACGCCUCCAAAGAAACGUCUAACAUCAACUCUGGCUCAAGACGUGCAACGAACGGAGAAAGACCUGCUGAACCGCUUCGCUGAGAUCUCAGCUAAAAACAACCAGCUGCUCAGUCAGAUGGGGACAGCAAAGAACAUCACUGCAAUGAACGAAGAAAAAGUGAGUCAGGUGGCUGUCAGUCAGCAGCUGCAACUUCAGAGCCAGCAGAGGAACGUGGAGGCAGCUGAUAGUCUGAAGAAGGAAUUGGAGGAAGAAGUCAACAGGCGUUCACAUGCCGAGAAUAACCUUGAAACCUACCGGAAGAGGUUUUUGUCUCUGAAGCACAGGAGAGGAGUGGAGAGGUUGGAGGAGAAAGAGGUGGUGCAGUAUUACCGUGACCCAAAACUGGAGGCGGAUCUCAAAUCGCUGAAAAAUCGCAUCCAGGACGAAGAAUUCAGUAGAUCAAGAAUCCAGUCCGAGAUAGAACUGCUCAAUGAGAAGAUCGUCACAGUGGAACUGCAGCUGACCAAAGUGGAACCUAAACUUGUGACUAAGGUGCUCACCGAAUAUGAGAGAGACCCCAAACUUGAGAAAGAGGCAGCUGAGAUCAGAGCUGAGAUGGAGAGGAUCCGGACCGAGCUUCAGACGAGAAAUACUGAAACCGUCACUGUGAAAUCUGAGCUCACGCUUCUCUCCCAGCAGAAACAAAAAAUCAGAGAGAAGGUUGUGAAAAAGGAAGUGGUGAGAUUAGAGAAAGACCCAGAGAUGCUGAAAGCUGUUCUAACGUUUCAGGGUGACAUUGCAGAGGAGGAACUGCGCAGCAAGUCUCUCAAUGAUAUCAUUUUCAGCACCAGGUCCCAGAUUAACACGCUGGAGAGGGUCAUUCCAUCCAUUGAACCCAAGAUUGUCACCAAAGUCGUGAAACAAGUGCAGCAAGCUCCCGAACUGAUAGACGAGUCACAUAAAAUCAGAAUGGCUUUGGAAGAAGAGAAGGAUGAGAAUGUCAUCCUGAAAAAGGACCUCACCACCCUUCAGCUUCGCUUUGGUGAGCUGGAGUUGCUCAAGCCCAAAGUGGAAGUCAAAGAGAUUGUCAAUGAGAUCUACAGAGUGGAUCCUGACACCGAGGUCGAGCUGGUGCGUCUGAAGAAGGCGCUGCAGGAUUUGAGCCAGAGCCGUUCAGACCUUGAGAACCAGAUUGACUCGGUGACGGCAACCCUGACUUCCCUACGCACCCAGAAACCCAAAGUAGAGUACAAGGAGGUGACCCAGGAGGUGAUCAAAGAAGAGAAGAGCCCAGAGGUUAUGAGGGAAUUGCAAAGACUGAAUAACCAAGUCUCCCGACUGCAAGUCAACUAUGACACCACCUUAGAACUGCUAACACGCCUACGUAAGGAAAGAGAUGAACUGAAAUCUGAAAAAUCCAAAGUGGAGACGAAGCUUCUGACAAAAGAGGUCAUCAAGUAUGAGAACGACCCUCUUCUGGAGAAGGAGGCCGAUAGACUUCGAAGAGAUGUACGAGAGGAGAUCCACAGUCGCCGAAGUGUGGAGGAAUGUCUCUUUGAACUACAGAACCAAUACAUUACCCUUGAAAGACAGAAGCCAGAGGAAAAGAUUGUCACUAAAGAGGUUAUUCGUCUUCAGAAAGAUCCCAAGCAGAUUGUGGAGCAUGACAAGUUGAACCGGAAGUUGGAUGAUAAAAUGAAGGCACGCAGAAAACUCGAACUAGAGGUCAGACAGCUGAGAGCGCUGAUUGAAGAAAAAGAGAAAGACUUGGCUAAGAUGGACGACCGCCAGAAGAAGAUCAAAACCGAGUCUGAACUCAGGCAGAUUAAGACUCGCAUUCUUGAACUGGAGAAUUCUCCACCACCCAUUGAAGAGAAGAUCAUCAUUGAGGAAGUCCUGAAGGUAGAGAGGGACCCCAAGCUGGAAAAACUCACUGAAGGCAUUCGUUUUGACAUGGAGAAGGAGAGCAACAACAUCAACCGUCUUGAGAGAGAAAUUCGGAAUCUCAGACUGAAGCUGGAGAUUCUGCAGAAGGAGAAGUCCAUUGAGAAGGUUGUUUACAGAGAAGUCGUUCGAGUAGAGAAAGACCCAGCAGUUGAAGCUGAGAGGGACCACCUCAGAGAGAUUGUAGCCCAUGAGAGGAAUCUAAGACGAAAUCAAGAAGACAGCCUCCAGAGGAUAAACAGUCAAAUAAACCAUAUAAACACAUCAAAGUCUGUGACGUCUCAGGAGGAGACAGCUCUCAUUACUGGUAGGGACGCGCUGCAAAGAGAGAAGGAAGAUCUCCUCAGACAGCUGAAGGAACUGGAGUCUGAAAGACAAACCACCAGCAUUACCUUCCAACAACAGUCCAGGUUGAUGAGCGAGAGGAACCAGAUGGCACGCCAGAGAAGUCUUAAAACUUCCUCCGAGGUCCAGCGGCUGGAGAAACAGAUCCUGAAUGAAAAAGAUAAAAUACACCAGAGGGAGACCCUCAUUGCUGAGCUGCAGAACGGCAUAAAAUCAGAGGACCAUUCAGAAACUCACACCAGAGAGACAAACCUCUCAACGAGGAUCACCAUCUUGGAUCCAGAGACUGGCAAAGACCUGUCUCCCUAUGAUGCCUACGUACAAGGAGUAAUUGAUAGAAACCACUACCUCCAACUGGCUCAACUGGAAUGCGAUUGGGAGGAAGUCACGUCAACCACCCCAGAUGGAGAUAUAAUGGUUCUGCAAGAUCGAAAAACUGGGAGGCAAUACUCUGUAAAUGAUGCGCUGAAGGACGGCUGUCUGACUGAGUACGACGUGAGCCGCUACAAGGAGGGUAAGAUGUCUAUCUCUGAGUUUGCCCUCCUUGUUACAGGAGAGAAGCCAAAACCUUACAUUCCUCCAGUAACAUCAAAAUCCCCAAGCAGGCCUAUCUCAUCUUCCCCACUGAACUCCAUGUCUUCGCCCUUGAAGUCUUCUUACGGCAGCCUGAACACUCUGCGCAGCAGCAGCAACAGCUUAAACAACCUCACUGCUGCCAUGGGGGAUGAGUAUUUCCCAAUCUCUGGCAUAUUUGAUAUCACUACUGAAAGCCGCAUGUCUGUGAGAAGCGCACUCACCCGCAGACUCAUCGAUCCAGACACGGCCAUGAGGCUGCUGGAGGCGCAGUCAGCCUCUGGCGGGAUUGUCGAUCUGGGCAAAAAGGACAAAUUCUCUGUCCACAAGGCAGUCGAGUACAACCUAAUUGAGUCAGGGCACAAGUAUAAGCUACUGAACGCCCAGAAGGCCUUCACUGGAGUCGAGGACCCUGCGACCAAAGAGCGCCUGGCAGUGGGUCAGGCAGCACAGAAAGGUUACAUGCCCAUGGAGAACGCCAAGAGGUACAUGGAGGCCCAGUACCUCACCGGUGGGUUGGUGGACCCCAAUAAGGCAGGACGCCUAUCAAUUGAACAGGCACUUGCAGGAAAUCUGAUUGAUAGCACAAUGGCUAAUGAGCUGAAAGACGAGGCUUUGCACUCCAAAGAGCUGAUAGACCCCAUCACCCAGGAGAAGAUCUCGUACAAGCAGGCUAUGGAUCGCUGUAAGAGAGACGUAACCACUGGGCUCCUGCUCCUUCCUGCGGCCUCAACAAAUGCUACAUCCUACUCCAGCUAUCGCUUUUAGCAACAAAAUUCACAGAGAUGACAAUUAACUACAACUCGUGGUGCUAUAGGCAAACUGACAGGAGCAGAGAAAGAGAAAUGCUUCAUCAGAGGAAAAAAAUAAACAUGUAUUUUGGUGGGAAUAUACUCGUGGAUUGUUUCUCUGUAAUAGUUCCGGUUUUCUGUGAAAAUAAAGGUAUUUUUAUCAUGCCAUUUGUCACACUGUAAACAGUUUUUUUUUUUGUCAAACCUUGUGAAGUAAACCUCAACUUGCACGUUACUAUUAAACUCAUCUGACUUGAAUUCCA